CUGCCUCGACAGCAGGAGACACAGGUCCUCCUUGACUCGGGCUCCCGUCUCAACCCGUGGGCCGCGCACACUCAAAGAAGAAACCCAACACGCAAGGAAGCAAAAUAAAUACGAACCUCCAUGAAAAAGAGUAGACUCAGACUCAUGAAAACCUCGAUACUCAGACUCAUGAAAACCUCGAUACUCAGACUCAUGAAAACCUCGAUACCCAGACACAACACGGAGCCACACGAUAAAGAUGUGAGAAGGAAACAAGAGGCCUUAACAUGCUCAGACAGAUGUGGAAAAGAACCAGAUGCGACUUCUGAGAUGGAAAGCACGUUCACUCCAAUUUUAAAAUCUGUAUUUCUUCCUGCCUCAAAAGCAAAUGAAGUUCUGGUGAGAUGGAAGCGAGCCGGCUCCUACCUCUUGGAAGAGCUCUUCGAGGGAAAUUUAGAAAAGGAAUGUUACGAGGAAAUCUGUGUCUAUGAGGAAGCAAGAGAAGUAUUUGAAAAUGACGCCUCCACGGAUGAAUUUUGGAAGACGUAUCUGGGCGGCUCCCCGUGCGUCUCCCAGCCCUGCCUCCACAACGGGUCCUGCCAGGACAGCAUCCGCAGCUACACCUGCACCUGCGCGCCCGGCUACGAGGGCCCGGACUGCGCCUUCGCUAAAAAUGAAUGUCACCCUCGGAGGACGGACGGGUGUCAGCACUUCUGCCACCCGGGACUGGAGUCCUACGCGUGCAGCUGUGCAGAGGGGCAUAAGCUGGGCCAGGACCGCAGAUCCUGCGUCCCCCACGACAGGUGUGCGUGUGGAGCCCUUGGCUCUGAGUGCGUGGUGACGCCACAGGGAAGCGAGCGGGACCUCCGGAGGACCUUCCCGUGGCAGGUAAAACUAACAAAUUCCGAAGGCAAAGACUUCUGCGGGGGCGUUCUAAUACAGGACAGUUUUGUACUGACAACAGCAAAAUGUGCACUAUUGUACAGAAACAUUAGUGUGAAAACAAGUUCCUGCCAGGCGCGCGAGGCCCCGCCGGCGGUGGAGGUGAAGGGCGUCCACGUGCACCCGAGGUUCGAGGCAGACACGGGGGACAACGACGUGGCCCUGCUGGAACUGGCGCGGCCCGUGCGCUGCCCCGACGCCGGGUGGCCCGUCUGCACAGCGGACGCCGACUUCGCCGAGCGUGUCCUCCUGCUGCAGCCAGGCGUCCUGGGCGGCUGGACCCUCAGUGGCCCCAAGCUGGCGCCCACACGGCUGUGGGUCACACACGUGGAGCCCGAGGAGUGCGGCUGGGCCCUCAACACCACGGUGACCACACGCACGAGCUGUGAGCAGGGCGCAGCGGCCAGGGCAGCGCGAUGGGCGGCGGGCAGUGCCGUGGCUCGGGAGCACCGGGGCACCUGGUUCCUCACUGGCCUCCUGGGUACCGCGCCCCCCGAGGGGCCCGGGCCUUUUCUGCUCAUAAAGGUCCCCAGAUACGCGCUCUGGCUCCGGAAAGUCACGCAGCAGCCGAGCCCCGCCGACCGGACAGGCAAACACGGUCACCGUCACGGACGCGAAGGUGGGCGCUGAGUGCCAGCAGCCCCUCCUCUGAGACUCCUGGUCUGAACAGAGCCC